UUAAUUAGUGGCCGCACUACCUGAGGAAGCAGCAACAAAGUAACCCGGAAAAAUCACGAAAUGUUGAGUUUAGGGUCGGGAGGUGGAAAAACAGCGAAGCCUUCUUUCGUGUCUUACGUCUCCCCAGAGGUGGGUCUCCACUCGUUUAAUUAACUGAAAGCCAGGGCUUUGGUUGAAUCUCUUGCUGGCGGAAAUUAAAAAAAAGGAAAGUAAUGAUGACCUGAAGCCACACUUAUUACCAGGGGAACUUGUAAUUUGUGAAGCAAACACUGUUGUGAAAUAUAGUCGGGAAGAUUCGUUACAACGGGGAUUUUAUGGAAAACUCAUCUGUACAAAUUUCAAGAUUUCCUUUUUAAGUGCUGAACAAUUGUUGGAUGAUGUGGAACAAUCCUAUAGGAAUAAACUGAUGGGUGAAAAUGACAUAUCCUUACUUUGUGUGGACCAGAUCUUUGGAGUUUAUGAUGACAAGAAGAAGCCUCUACUGCCUGGUGCUAUAAAGAACAGAAUUCCCGAGAAGUUGCUUCUCUAUUGUAAAGAUUUUCGGAUCUUUCAAUUUGGCUUGAGAUAUUCCAAGGAAGAGGAUGCAAGAAGGUUGAUCCGGGGGAUAGUUCACCAUUGUUUGAAUCCAACUUCUUUAAAAUGUUUGUUUGCUUUCUCCUAUGUUGGCACAGCAGGUGGUCUUAAAGUUGGUCCUGGGGCAGCUGAAGAGGAACCACCAACUGUAAUGUUUGAAACCAAAGUUGACUGGAAAAUGGAGCUGGAUCGCACAGGAGGUCUAUUGAGCAACAGAGUAAUUUCCAUUAAUGAAAAUUACCGCAUCAGCACUCGACUUCCACAAUUCUUUGCUGUUCCUUCAUCUAUUACUGACGAUGAUAUCAAGAAAUACAAAGGAAAAGGAAUACCUCUUUGGUGCUGGUCUCACUCCAGUGGUUGUACAUUGCUGAAGAUGGCAGCUCUUCCUGAAACUGAUGAUGGUACUUCACAAAUGGACAAAGGUUGGAUUGACAGGUUGUUUCAUGUUCUUGGAGAAACCCAUCCCUUGAAUCACACGGUCAGGACGGAGGUCCUUUCAACCACUCUCCCAACUCUGCAGGAAAUACAGGCUUCUUACAGCAGAUUUAAACAGCUGUUUCUGAUGGAUAAUGCUGCUGAUUUCUGGGAAUCUGACAUUAAGUGGCUGUCUAUGAUAGAGAAUGCAAAUUGGUUGGAAGUUAUCAGGCAAUGUCUGAAGAAGGCCUUGGAUAUUGUUGAAUGCCUGGAGCAUAAAAAUACAUCUGUGGUGCUUGUGGAAGAAAAUUGCUCUGAUCUGUGCUGUGUAAUAGCUAGUCUGGUCCAGGUGAUUAUAGAUCCACAUUUUAGGACCAUAACUGGCUUCCAGAGUUUAAUUCAGAAGGAGUGGUUGAUGGGUUGCCAUUGCUUUCUGGACCGAUGUAAUCAUCUACGAAGCAAUGAUAAAGAGGAACCAGUAUUUCUUCUCUUCUUGGAAUGUAUAUGGCAAUUGCUUCAGCAAUACCCACCAGCCUUUGAAUUUACAGAGACCUACCUGACUAUACUGUCAGACAGUAUGUAUAUCCCCAUCUUUAGCACCUUCCUGUUCAAUUCACCAUACCAAAAGGAUAAUACCCAAAUGCUUGGUGAAGAUCGGGGUAUGCUUGGUAGAUCUUUGAAACUUCCCACUGUGUGGGAAUGGUCUGUUCAAUUUGAGAAUUCUGUUCAAGCACUCUUUUAUAAUCCACUUUACGUUGGAAAGCCAAAACCUGGAAAUGUUAGAAGAACUCAACGCAUUAAGGAUUCUGCACAGAAGUACUUGGAGAUUGUCCAUGAAAAAUUUCUGGAUAUACCAGAGCCACAGCGCCAGAUGUCCCUGCCAUCAAGCCCAUCCUAUCAGUCUAGACCUUCACCCAAGAAAGGAUUUUUGAGGGAAGAGACUGAUAACUUGAUAAAGACUUUUUUAGGCAAAAAGAUAAGCAAGUGGACAUUCACAGCUGAGGACCCUUCAGCUGACUACAGACUAUUCUAUGAAAAUUGGUGCAGUAAACCAGUAGAUCAUCAUGGACUGCUGCUUCCUCUACAUAAUGGUCCAGCUUUAAAACUCUGGGGCCAGCGAUACUUGCGCUGGAUUCCAGAGGUUCAGAUACUGGGAGGUGGUUCAGCAAUUGCUCUGAACAAAGCCUGUGAAAUUGUGGAUGAAAUAAAAAACUUACAGACAAAAGUAUCUGAGAGGAUGCUUAGGAAGCAUCCAUGCUCCCCAAGCACUGACAUCUUUGCAUCAUUUCAACAGAGCAGCCGUCUGUCUUCAACUUUUCCAUUUGGCACGUUGCGUAGGCAGUCUAUAAAGCCCCGCAUUCCAGUUUCUACAAAUCUCUCGAUGAGUUUUGGGUCAAUGGAGAACUUGCCAGAUGAUGAGGAAGAACUUGGUUUGUUAUAGGGUGGAAUAUUUUACACAACAUUUUGAUUUUCUUUGACCAGUGACUUUACGAAAAUAAGUUUGCAAAAGUUUAAUUUAAUUUUUUGUUACACAGCUGUGAAUUUCAUGAGUUUGAGUGGCAUUCUGUUCUAUGCUCGGAUUUUCUUGUCUCAUUUGGCAGAAGUUUGAAGCUGCUGUUGGUCUUUAACAAAAAGGCCAUGCCGUUAGGAGAACGUCCUAAAUAAACCAAACCAUUGGUUCAGUAAUUUUGGCCUAAAGUUUGCUGGUGGGCAUUUGUUAUUAUUGUAGGACAUUUGGCAUAAAACUAUUCCAAAGUACCAAUGCUAAGUUUUGCCAACAUGUAAAGACACUUUCUAAAUUACUGGUGCUGUGUAGCAAACUUGCAUGGAGAGAAAAGACAUCUCUCCAUUCUAGAGCGCUCAUGCUCUGUGUUUGACAACUUCUUCCCCCCCCCCCCCCCCCCCCAAACAGUUUAAACCCAUCUCUUAGAAUUACCCUUUUUCAGGUUAUUUCUUCUGAUUUGUUACUGAACAUUUCUCAGAAGAAUGUAUGUGUGUAUAGAAUAUUUUCUCUUCCCUCCCCCCCCCCCCCCCCAUUUAAGAAUGUGAAUGCUAAGAACUGGAAAAGGGGAAAGAUUUGCAAUUUUUCAAUAAAUGUGUACCAUACAAACACUUGCAUUUUGCUAUGAGAAAAUCAAGAACAUUUACUGGCUAUUCAAAUUAUAGUUGAAAUUACCAGUCAGUGAAAUUAAUUUGGACACAAACCUGUAUAUCUAGAGAUGUAUAGGGUGUCUCAAGUGCAAUUUGAGCUUCUUGUAGCUACUGAGGCCUGAAAACUUCAUCCUGUAUGUGUUUUUUUUGUUUUUUGAAAGAAAAAUAUGUACCCCCUUUGUCACCAUGGUCUCAGUUUAGAAAAUGACACAUCAUAAUUUACUAAUAUCAGCAGUGGACUACAAAUGUAUAACAACAAUACAGAUGUUCAGCUGUAUAUUAGGUUUCUAAAACGUCUAACACACCUAGAAUCUGACAAGAACAAAGACUUUGCUCCAGGACUUGUGGAUAGUGGUGUGAUUUUAGCAUUAGAAGGUCCUACUGAAGCAUCUUUUAUUACCAGUUGCUGUUGAGAUAGCUAAUACCAGUUUAACUACCAGCUGGUGAGGAGUUGACCUGCUGCACCCCUGACUACAUAAGUGGGUGUUGGGGUGGGGUGCAGCACAAUCUAGUGAACACUACUAGGCAGAGUUGAUGUAUGAACUCUGAAUGAUUAGGUUUGGGAUUUGUUGUUAUAAAUCUUGUUUAAGCUAAUAUAGUCAGAGAAACAGGGUUAACUUUUUUCAAAACUAAUAAAAUGAUCAAGCUGAAAUAUUUUGUUUUAUUUUCUCUCGACCCCCCCCACACAAGUACUACCUGACCUACUGAGUUUUUUGUUUUUGUUUCCAGCAUCUACAGUUCUUUUACUAGAAAUAUAUCGUGUUGAUACCAAAUACCUGAAAUGGAAAAGGUGUAUUUUUUCAUUGACAGCAUUACUAAUGACAAAUUAUUACAAACCUUUUCAUAGAUGCAAAACAUGAUUAAUGGAAAUGGAGUGUUCUUGUUUUAUAGUGAGAACAUCAAUGUACUUUUGGUAUAACUAGCAAUCAAUCCACAGAUAAUUCUGCAGCAGAGCCACUGGUAUUUUGUUGUGGAUUAUGGUAUUUAUUCCUUAAACAUUUUAAUUCUGGAUGAAUUAGAAAUGUAUUUUGUUUCAUUCUGUCCCAAGUCCAAAGAACACAGUGAUAGCUCAGUGAAUCAAAUUGCUUUAUGCCAAAGAAAUGGUUUUGUUAUUCAAUGAUUUUGUUAUGUUGCAACUGCAAGGCAAUAGCAUUUAAAUUGGAGUCCUGAAUGACCUUUGGAGCUUGCCAGUGCCAUCCCAGUCUUGAAAUGCUUCUGCCAAAUAAUAAAGAAUAAGUUGUAGUUUGCAUUUAUGUAUUCUCAAUUUAAUAUAGGAAUUAGUUGGAACUAAUUUUCUACAGAUGCCCUCAAAGAUACUGAAGCUGUUAGUUUUCUUUGUUUAUCUAAUGAGGCAUAAUAUCUUGUGUACAAGUCAAAUAGACAACCUCUCAAUACCAUAAACCACAUUUUGUACAGUGGUUGCAAAAUCUUAUCAAAAUAUGCUAUUGAAUGGACUUUUGCCUUAUAAUGAAUCUGUAAUUUGUUUUGACUAGAGUAUAGUUUUUUUAAAUUCUAGUUGAGAGAGUAACUUUCCAGGUCUUUAUUGUCUAUCUAUUUAUUUCUUUAUAAUCCACUUCCAGGAAGCAUUAAGGACCUUUGUUCUUAAAGCUGAGAUUUCUUUGAAUUCUCAAACAUUUAAAUGGAGUAAUUUGUUGUGAUUCAUUUAACAAUUUCUCAGUUUCAGCAUUUUUGCACUAACCUUAAAUGUACCAUCUAAACUGUUGAUUAUUCAUUUUUCCUGCAUAUAUUUUUGUUGUGGAAGACUACAAAUCCAUUACUCAGAUUCUGAUUUUUAGCAGAUUUGAUUGAAGCUGCCAAGGUUAGUGAUUUUGGAUUCCUGCUUGGUUUCUACUAUGAUAUUAUUUCCCAGUAUGCAUGAAUAUUUUUGUGAAACUAGAAAGUGACCAGAAGUGCUAAGUGAAACUCUUUUGAGUUUUUUUUGAUUUUGAAAAGUUUGUCUUUCUAUUCAUUGCCUUAAGCUCACUUUUACAGUUUUUACCAACGAAGGUGUAUUUAUUGUUUUCAAAAUGCUAUUUAAUGUUUUUAUUCAACUUUACAGGAAACAUUUACAUGUGCCCAAAGCAGCUUUCUUGUACCUGCAUAAAUUGAAUAAUUUUUUAGUCUCAAUAUCUUCCAUAUUUUUGGUUGAAUUUAAUGCACAUUUAUAGUUUGACCUUAAUAAAUACAAAGGGGUGCUAAAAUCAAAAAUGCUUUAAUUUAAAAAACUAUGUAUCCAUUUAAUCAACCUGUUGAACCUGGUGGUUAAAUGUGGCUAGUUUUAUAAGUGGAAUUUGAUUAGUGCAAUGACUGGAUUUAGUAUGUUGACUGUAUAUUAAAAUACAAAAGAGCAUUCAAUUUUUUUUUUGGUUAUAGGGUGCUUGUGUCUAAUAAGUGACUGGAGAAAAUGUAUUAGAAGGGAAAUCAUCACCUAUAUUUAUUCAGCUGUGCCAAAUGUCAUGAUACCUGGAGGUAAAUGAAGAAUUGGCAGUUUGCUUCUUUGUAAUCUGUACAAAUGAACAAUGAGUUUAAGCUUCAAGUACACGUGCAAAGCAAAGAACUAAGAACAUUUCUUCUUUAGAAAUGGAACACCAUUCCCACUUCGCUGACCCAACCCCUUAAAAUUAUCUACUUGUAGAAAUUGCAGUGGAUCUUUUACCUUCUUGAUUCUUAAUCCAUUUCAGUUCAUGCAUUGCAUAAAUUCCUCUCAUCACAACAUUUCGUAUUUCAAAAGCUUUUUUAAUGAAGAGGCCAUAUGAUUUCUCAUUUGUUAUAUAUGGUAGUUCUCAUUGUAUAAUUUGUACACUUCUAUACAUUGAGCAUUUCAGACCUUGUUUUAGAAGUGAGAAUUUGACUACUGACCUGAUUCACGAGCAGCCUUAGCCAAACUGUAUAAUACUGUAAAUUGUGUCAAACUGCUUUAUUGUGCCUUGUUAAUAGAUUCGCAAAUGAUUUAAGUACACUGCAACAUGGUCUGUACUUGUUUUUUUUAUAUUGUGGCACUGAUGUCAGAAACAAAUGUGUAUAUAAUGGGUGUUGCUAUAUCCAAUGAAUUUCUGGUGAAACAUUAUUCAUUCCUUGGUUAUUUUCAUCUUUAGGGUCCUAUUUCCUUAGAAAUUGUUGAAAAUGUAAUGUUUUCUCAAUUAAAACAAAAGAAAUCGAUUUGUCAGUGCUGCUUUUGUGUAAUCUAAAUGCUAUCCAAUAUUGUACCUAUUUAUUAAUUGUUACAAUCAUUAUUAUUCAUCCUCAAAUCUGUUGACUAGUUUUUUUUCAUUGAGCCUUUAGUUGGUGUAUACAACCCUGGUAUUAAACCUACAUAAUUCAUUUUACAGUUCAUGUUGCAGAAGAAUAAGAUGAAAUUACUAAACAGUCAUUUAUUCUAACUUUAAUUUACUGGUGGAUUACUCUUAAGCACCGUUCCGAUGACCUGAGGUCUGAUUGGAUGUAAGAGUCCAUAAGCUGUGCUCAUUGGAAGAGCCCUUGUGAAAUGGAUUUGUGUAUCCUUGAGCAGUUUUCAAGCACAAAACAGUCUAAUGUGGUAGCAAAUGGUCACUUAAGGGGGGGGGGGGGGAGAAUGGUGUGGCAGAUAGAAAUGUCAACUGAGGCUAUGAGAACUACAUUUUACUCAUAUGGCAUGAAAACAGGCCCUUUCAGUAUACCACAUCCAUGCUGACCAUCAACUAUCCAUUUAAACUAAUCCCAUUUAUCAACACUUGCUCUGCAGCCUUCUAUACUUUGACAAUUCAAGUGCUUGUCUAGAUACCUAUGGUGUGAGAACACACUGCCUGAUUCCAACCAAGCUCUGGGUGGAAAAAGUUCUUUCUCACUUUCCCUCUUAAACAUCUUCUCCCAUGACCUAAACCUAUGCCCUCUGAUUUUAGGUUGGAGCUGGUAAUGACAGAAGACUUGCAUUUGUAUAACCUCUUCCCUGCCCUUUCAAGAACAUCCGAAAGUGCAUUAUAACCAUUAAAUAAGCUAGAAUGCAGCCAACACUGAUUUUCUUCCAAUUUAAAAUCUUUCUGAAAAUCCCAGUGUCAUGCCAAAUUAUCACAUCUUUCAAGUCUGUACUAAGUUUGUGUUCAAGUGUACUGAUAGCCUUGGUGUGACGGCACAAUCUAAACACAAAUAGUUGUAAAUGCAAGAAAUUUGAAAUAAAAACAAAAAAUGCUGUAAAUACUCGGGUCAGGCAGCAUCUGUGGAACAGUGACAAAAUUAACAUUUUCAGGUUGAUCACCUUCCAUCAAAAUUGACAGGAGUUUGUUAG